GUCUUCCACCAACACAUAUGAGCGUGUGCGUGUGUGUGUGUGCGUGCGUGCAGUGCGAAAUAGAAACAAGAAAAGCAAGCGAAAAAUCACAGAAAUUCACAAAGAAAAGCCCAAAUAGUUUCAGAAUUGGGCCGCCCGGCGAGGAACCGCAAAAGUGGCCAAAAUUCGGCGAAAACAGCGCAAGUGUGACAAAGCAUUCGUGCCGCUGCAGUCGUCGGCGAAACGGGCGAAAACAAAAGAGAAUAGUGUUGAUAGUAAUACGAGCGUAUUUAGCAGCAGCAGCAGCAGCGGCAGCAGCAGUGGCCGGAGCAGCGGCAGCGGUAGGGGAACGGAACGGUGGGCGGUGGGUGCGGAAGCGGGCCGGGGAACGGCCGAGAACGAAACAGCAGCAGCGGCAGCAGCAGCAGCAGCGGCAGCAACAACAAAUGCCGGUCGCUUUAUCACCGCCGAUCUAAUCAAAACAGUUAACAGCGACAAGCAGCAGCGAGCCAGAGCAGCAAAGGGCCACAGGGAUGCGAAAAACCCCCUAGAUGCCACCAAACAUCUGCGCCUAUCGGAUUGCUUGCGUACCGUGCAAAAACUUGCUAUUGAACUUGAGAGCGCCGACGCCGGCAGCGACGCCAGCGCCAACGCCAACGCCGACGCCAGCAGCGCCGUCAUGUCCGAGACGGGCUGUCGGCACUACCAGAGCUACGUGAAGGAGCACAGCUACGAUACAUUCCGUGUCAUCGACGCCUACUUCGCUGCCUGCGUCAACAGAGAUGCGCGCGAGCGAAAGGCUAUUCACUGCAGCUGCUUCGAGUGCGGCAGCUACGGCAUCCAGUUGUACGCCUGUCUGCACUGCAUCUACUUCGGAUGUCGAGGGGCCCACAUCACGAGUCACCUGCGAUCCAAGAAGCACAAUGUGGCCCUGGAGCUGUCCCACGGAACGCUCUACUGCUACGCCUGCCGAGAUUUCAUCUACGACGCGAGGAGCCGGGAGUAUGCGCUGACCAACCGCAAGCUGGAAGCCAAGGAUCUCCAGAAGAGCAUCGGCUGGGUGCCGUGGGUGCCCACGGCCAAGGAGACCAAUCUGCUGCUGGCCAACGCAAGGCGUCGACUGGUGCGGCCCAAUCAAACGAUCGGACUGAGGGGUCUGCUCAAUCUGGGGGCCACUUGCUUCAUGAACUGCAUCGUCCAGGCUCUGGUUCAUACGCCCCUGCUUAGCGACUACUUCAUGUCAGAUCGCCACGACUGCGGCAGCAAGUCCUCGCCCAAGUGUCUCGUUUGCGAAGUUUCGCGUCUCUUCCAGGAGUUCUAUUCUGGCUCCCGUUCGCCGUUGUCGCUGCACCGGCUACUGCAUUUAAUCUGGAACCAUGCGAAGCACUUGGCCGGCUACGAGCAGCAGGACGCGCACGAGUUCUUCAUCGCCACACUGGACGUGCUGCAUCGGCACUGCGUGAAGGCAAAGGCGGAGCACGAUAGCAAGAGCAACAGCUCUGGCACGGGAAGUGGCACUAAUUCGAGCAACUCGAGCAGCUCGCAUUGCUAUGGCCAGUGUAAUUGCAUCAUCGACCAGAUCUUCACGGGCAUGCUGCAGAGCGAUGUGGUGUGCCAGGCCUGCAACGGAGUGUCCACCACCUACGAUCCCUUUUGGGACAUUUCGCUGGACCUGGGCGAAACAACAACGCAUGGUGGUGUUACCCCAAAAACGCUGAUAGACUGCCUGGAGCGGUAUACACGGGCCGAGCAUCUCGGAUCGGCCGCCAAAAUCAAGUGCUCCACCUGCAAAUCCUACCAGGAGUCCACCAAACAGUUCAGCUUGCGCACUCUGCCCAGCGUGGUGUCCUUCCAUCUGAAACGCUUCGAGCACUCUGCUCUCAUCGAUCGCAAGAUCUCCUCGUUCAUUCAAUUCCCCGUGGAGUUCGACAUGACACCCUUUAUGUCCGAAAAGAAGAAUGCCUAUGGGGACUUCCGGUUCUCUUUGUACGCCGUGGUCAAUCACGUGGGCACCAUCGACACCGGACACUAUACGGCCUAUGUGCGCCACCAGAAGGACACGUGGGUCAAGUGCGAUGAUCAUGUGAUAACGAUGGCGUCGCUCAAGCAGGUGCUGGACAGCGAGGGUUAUUUAUUGUUCUACCAUAAAAACGUGCUGGAAUACGAGUGAGAAAAUGCGCUGAGCUCGAAUAAAGCGACUGUAUCCCUCAAAAACAAAACCCACAAGCAGAAGCCAAUGCAUUACGAAUUCCGAAUAAACACAAAAUACAGACAAGGACGCGGCAGCGCUUACAUAUUAAGUAAUCUUAACACAAACCGUAUCCAAUCCUAUAAUCUGAGUGCUAAUUCGAUUGGGGUUGUUCAAGCUCACAAACUCAGAACAUUGGAACAGUAGAGAACAAACAAGAAAUUAUUGAAAAAUGUAUUCUGAACACUCGAUUUGCGGAGAUAACCGUUUUGCUCUAAGUAUUUCAAAUCCAUAAUACUAAAAUCAAAAACCAACAGAAAAA